AUGAACGAAGCAGAUGUUACAAAAUUUGUUAAUAAUGCCAGGAAAACGCUGACCGAUGCUCAACUUUUAUGUUCAAGUGCUAAUUUAAGGAUUGUAGAUAUUAAGAAAAAAUUGUCAUCUUGGCAGUUGAGUAUUUCAAAACUCAAUUUUCUAAUAGUUGGCUUGAGACAGCAAGGAAAGUUUCUUUACACUAUUUUAAAGGAAGGCAUUGGGACAAAGCUAAUCCAGAAACAAUGGAAUCAAGCUGUCUUAGUGGUCUUAGUUGAUGAGAUGAAGUACUGGCAAUAUGAAAUCACUUCUAAAGUACAAAGGUUGGAUGGUAUAGUAAAUGAAUUGAGCAUAUCAGAAAAAGAUGAUACCGAUCCCUCUAAACUAGGAGAUUACAUCUCGAGAGACAACGUUAACUUAUUGAAUGACAAACUGAAAGAAGUGCCAGUAAUUGAGCGUCAAAUUGAAAACAUUAAGCUUCAAUACGAAAAUAUGGUCAGAAAAGUUAACAAAGAACUGAUUGAUACCAAGUUGACGGACGUAACUCAAAAAUUCCAAAGUAAAUUUGGUAUAGAUAACCUGAUGGAAACAAAUGUUGCAGAGCAGUUUAGCAGGGAACUAACGGACCUUGAAAAAGAUUUAGCAGAGAUAAUGAAUUCAUUGACACAGCACUUUGAUAAGACAUUGCUGUUACAAGAUAAAAAAAUUGAUAACGAUGAACGUGAGGAGCUGUUUAAGGUGGUACAAGGCGACGACAAAGAACUAUACAACAUUUUCAAAACUCUGCAUGAGGUAAUUGAUGACGUGGACAAAACAAUUCUUAACUUGGGUCAAUUUUUGCAGGCAAAAAUAAAGGAAAAGACAGAACUACACAGCGAAGUUUCUGAAAUAAUAAACGAUUUCAAUAGAAAUUUGGAAUAUCUAUUAAUCUUUAAAGAUAUUUCCAAUCUGAUUGAUAGCUUCAAAAAUUCCUGUACACAAGAUAUUCAAACAACUAAGGAACUUUGUGAAUUUUAUGAUAAUUUUGAAGAAAGCUACGGUAACUUAGUUCUAGAAGCAAAGAGGAGAAAGGAUGUGGCAAACAGAAUGAAAACUAUAUUGAAAGAUUGUGAAAAGCAGUUGCAGAAUUUAGAUGCUCAGGACCAGGAAGAACGUCAGAAUUUUAUAGCGGAAAAUGGAACUUAUCUUCCUGAGACAAUCUGGCCCGGUAAAAUUGACGAUUUUUCUUCCCUGUACACUUUAAAUUACAACGUGAAGAAUCCUUAG